AUGCAGAGAUUCCACAAAUUAAGUGCGGAAAGAACCAGUCGCUGCGUGGGGGCCUUAAAAGCCUUCAGACGACUCCAAUCUUCAUACUCCACGCGAAAUGGCCGCGAUAAUUUAUUAGAGCCCAUCGUCCACGGUCCGAUCAUGGCUUCUGGCAUUGAACUGACGCAUGACUUCUCCAAAGACGAGCUACUUUUGCUGGAUCAAGGUAUUCAAAAAACCAACGAUUUUGCCUCUAAAUUUACCAACUAUCGCUACAAGUUCAAAAAGCUUCCAUUAGACUAUGGAUCCAAUCAGCUAAUAAGCAUCGAACCCGAGCUACAACAAAAGCUGGAAAGCGUAGUUUCAGAUUUCAAGUCCCCUAUAAAGUAUGCAUUUGGCUAUGGAUCAGGAGUCUUUAAACAAAAUGGCUACUCCAAGAACCAGGAAGUGCCUCAAAUUGAUAUGAUACUGGGUGUUGUGCAUCCCGAACAUUUCCACUCGUUGAAUAUGAGACAGAACCCCCAUCACUACUCGUCUCUACGUUAUUUUGGUUCUAAGUUCGUGUCCCAAUUUCAGGAAAUUGGUGCUGGCAUUUAUUUUAACCCGUUUGUUGACAUCAACGGCCAGACUGUCAAAUAUGGCAUAGUAUCUAUGGAAAACCUUUUGAAAGAUUUGGCAACCUGGAACUCAUUUUAUUUAGCGGGAAGACUACAAAAACCUGUCAAAAUUUUAAAGAAUGAUCUGUCAGUUCAGUAUUGGAAUCAACUGAACCUGAAGGCUGCUGCAACGUUGGCCAAGCAUCUCAUACGGAAAGAUUCUAGUAAACCACUGGAUGAAUUUGAGUUCUAUAAGCAAAUAACCGCUUUGAGCUAUGCGGGCGACAUAAGGUAUAAACUUGGUGGCGAAAACCCUGACAAGGUGAGAAAUAUUGUGGAAAAGAAUUUCUCUCAAUUCCAAGAGUACUACAAACCCAUCUUCAAAGACGUUAUAGUAAACAAUUCUCAUUACCUUCCCCAAGGUUUCACACCUGAGAACUCAAUUAAGCUACUUGAAAGGAGAAUAUUUAGAACGAGUACACUACAGACCGUUAAAGGCGUUUUUACUGCUGGAAUUGCAAAAUCCAUACGUUAUGCAUGGGCGAAAAAGCUCAAAGCCAUGAAGCAGGCUAAGUGA